UAAAAUUUCCGCAGCAGAUUCUGAAGCUGAGAGAUUGGCAUUGUAACAAUAAAAUUCUAUUCAUCUCAGAAAGUCUGAAACUUUUUAUUCCGAUUUGAAGAUUUUUACACAAAUCUCUAAGGAUGAUCCAACAAAGGAGGUUUUAACGUUCGACUACCAGCAAAAUAUGCCGUUACUUGUCUCUUCCAACAGAGAUGUUUUUUACAAAAUACAACUUUGGCUUUUUAAUUUUUGUGUACACGUUGGAAGUAUUAAGAAAAGCUACUUUUAUGUUUAUGACGAGACAGUGGGCGGAAAAGGACAGAAUGAAGUAGCAAGUCUUCUGUUAUACUUUGUUAAUACUUAUUUGAGUUCUGAGGUAACUGAUUUAUAUAUUUUUUCCGGUAACUGCUCAUCUCAGAACAAAAACUACAUGCUGCUUCAGUUUUUUUAUACCUUGGUUGAUACUGGCAGAUUUACAAAAAUUCACCACAGAUAUCCCGAACCGGGUCAUAGUUUCCUGCUGGGUGAUCGAAGUUUUGGAUUGAUAGAGCUACAAAAAAAGAAACACGACAAAAUGUAUUUGCCUCGUGACUACAUAAACAUCAUUCAGGGUUCCAGCAAACAUUUUUUGGUCAAAAGGUAACUCAAGACAUGUUACUGAACUUUAAAGAUCACUUGAAAUCAUCCUUUGUGUUAAAUCCCUCAAAGAAAAAUAAUAAAUUUACCAUAUCAAAAUACAGAAUAAUUCAUUACGAAAAACAGGAUGCAACAAUUUUUUGCAAAUUUGACAUCAAAAACAAAAAAGUCUUAGAUGCCUCAUCGCUUCCAACUAAUGAUCAAUAUUUGUACCCAGGAAGAAGAAAAUUAAAACCAAAGAAAUUUCAGCACGUGAUGAGCUUAGCUAAAGAUUACGUAUCACAGUGCGACAUUUGGUUCUACCAG